AUGGCUGCGCCCGCUUCCCAUACAUCUCCUCAACCCUCCCGCUCUACCCAGCACAGCCCCUCUCACAAAUCCCUUUCGCCCCCUCGCUUCCCACAUCCAGUAGAUGUCUUUAUCGACGAGAAAGCCCAGUACCCUUCCUCCGGCUUACCAGCGCGCGUAGAAGCUGCAGCUCGCGUAGACACCCGGAUACCACUCGCGUUUUCGCCGUGUUCCCCAAUACCGUUGAUUCCUGCCUCCUCGUUACCACCUCUUCCUCUCCCACCAUCCCAUACCUCCUCCCCGUCGAUAUCCAGCUGGUCUGCACCAACUCCAUCGUACACACUGCCCCGCCGGCACCGCAUAGCUAAUCUACUCAAACCUUGGUUUCCAAUAAUACUCUACGCUGCUACUAGUCUUGCCUUUCUAGUUGCCAUUGCAUUUUGGAAAGAGCCUGUCUUCCAAGGUCUUGAUGCGCUGUCGCAUUGGCUGCAGACCGAUGAAUAUCUCGGUUACGCCAUCAUUUUUUCUCUCAUCUUCAUCACCACAUUCCCUCCUGUCCCACUGUAUUCGACGUUCAUUGUCCUCUCCGGCUACACGUUCGGUCCCUGGAUCGGCCUCGUUCUCUCCUAUCUCGCGUCCCUCGCCGGCGCCCUCGCUGUAUUCCUCCUCUCCCGCGCCUUCUGCCGCGGCCUCAUCUCUCGCUGGCUCUCCUCCACCCUCACCAUCAAGCGCGUCGUGCGCGCGAUCGAAAAGCGCCCCAAGCUCCUCUUCCUCAUCCGCCUCGCGCCCUACCCGUACAACGUCAUGAACUGCCUCCUCGCCGCCUCGCCCUCGCUCUCGCUGCGCGCCUACACGCUCUGCACCGCGCUCUCCCUCCUCAAGCUCAUCAUCCACACCACCAUCGGCAGCUCCAUCCACUCCUUUGCCGACUACCACGUCGCCCGCCCCGGCGCGCCCCCGCACCAGGAGAGCGCGCUCGGCCGCUACUCGUCCAUCGCGGGCAUCGCGCUCUGCGUCGCCAUCUUCGUCUACCUCUCGUACAUCACCCGCGUCGCCGUCGAGGACGGGCUCGCGGACGAGGACGAGGACGACGAGGGGGCCGGCGGCGCGGGCGAGGAGCGCAUCGCGUUCCUCGCCGCGCGCAGCGACGAUGCGCUCGACGUCGAGGAGCACAUGGCCGAGGCGCCCGCGAUGCACCAGCUCGGCGGGCGCGUGCCCGUGCGGCACGCGGACGCAGACGCGGACAUGGCCGUCGCGACGCUGCACGCGGGCGGACUCUGA